AUGUUGAGGCAAUGGAACAAGUUGGGAGGCCUCACUACAUUUGAGGGGAAAGGACAAUUGAGCACACGAGCGGAGGCAACCAAGGUCGAGAAUGCCAUGAUGACUGGGGGAAUAUACAAAACAAGAGGCAACAGCCGUCUGACGCAUCGUUUCCCCGGCCCCAGCCCUGUAAUAGCACCAAACCCCAACCUUACACAAAAGGUCCAGGGAUGGCCCUGUACCGCUAUCACCAAGUUUAAUCCGACCUCCCGACAAUGGCAUAGGUCCUCAUCCGAGUCCCGUGACAGGUUGCCUCUGCAGCUUGUGAAACAAGGCCAGCCUAUCACCGGAAAGCAAGCACAAAGACAAGAGUCAAGCCGCAAGUCCAACCUUCCUCAAGGGCGUGAGGAUAUCACGUCGGGAGAGGGGAGGGCUGGCCCAGGCGCAGCCCAUGCUGUGCAGACCCCGGGGGGAAACAAGCCACCCGGCACAUCCACUGGAGAACGAGCGGGCUCCGUCAUCGUUGGGUCGCAAGGCAUCGGGCCAGACAACCAAAGACAGGUCAAGGUCAGGUCUGAUGGAUGGACGCCCUUUUUCCAUCCCCCCCUCCUGCCCCUCCUGCUCUCUGAACGGUUGUUUCCUGGUUACCCCCAUGCCCCAUCACCAUCAUCACCACACCCACCGCCAGCCCAGCCAGACAACAAGCCAGCUCGGUUCAACACCGGGACAUUCCCCCUUCCUUCUCUGACAGGAGUGGACGCAAGGAGAAUCGGCAACGUAACCGGCGCCGGCGCAGCCGGCUCCAGCCCGGGCUUCCGGGAGAACAGCAAGACGUCAACAGCCCACGGCAGAGUGGCGAAGGUUUGGCGGGGCCACGCACGCAUCACGCACACCGCCGAGAGGCCCAGACUCAAGAGAUGGGCGGCACCAGAUAGCCAGGGUGCCAAAGGGAAUCGGCGGUCGAGAAGACGAGGCGGUGUCGUGCGGGAUAUCGGCCCUGGGUCGCAAGACGCACGGGAGGCGUGUGAGUCACGAUAG